AUGAGGCCCUCCCAGAUCCUGCGCGCCGGCGGUGGUGAGAAGAAGCCUGGCCAGUACAUCGGCCCCUGGGGCGCACUCGGCUCCGCACCGCAAAAAGGCAUCGUCUCCUACGCCCUGUCCCCGAACCGUCAAUCCCCGCUCGCCGGCACCGUGAACGCGGCGAUUUUCAACACUUUCCGGCGAACGCGCAACCAGAUUCUGUUCUGGUCGAUUCCGAUGUUGGUAGCGUACGAGACUAUGCAGUGGGCUAUUGAACGGAAUGAGUAUCUGAACUCGAAGGAGGGACGGGCGGAGUUUGGGGAGUAG